UCUAUCGGUACGGUGGUUUCCGGGGACAUAAAUCUCCCUACACUUGCUUGUGUUACACGCAAACGCUUCCGGAAUUACGAAGGAGCACAGACUGCGAAGGAGUCAGUUGUUAGCUGUCAGGUUUGUGUUGCGUUAGCUUCACAAUGAAGUGGUCUACUUGAGUGGCUCUGUUCACAGACUGACACAAUCCGGUGUUAAGCAGCAGAUGCUCUCCAUGCAGUGUGAUCUUUUCCCCCGAGGCUGUUUCAUUGGUCAUCAGCUGAUUGAACAACAGCACUUCUGACUGACAGCAGAGCAGGAUGUCAGACACUGGCAACCAAUCAUGUCUAAGGGGAGCAGAGAACAUGGUCUCCUUCUUGGUCUGCUUGUUUCAUGAGUUGGAAGAAUGGGCAGGCCUUGGCCAGGUGGAAGACUAUCUGAGUGUUCUGGAGUACCUGUUGUGGGUGUUCACCCCACUAGUCAUUGUUUUCAUUGUGCCCUUCCUCAUUGUUAUCCUCCUUUACCUCUCUAUUCUCUUCCUUCAUGUCUAUAAGAGGAAGAAUCAGCUGAGGGAAGCUUACUGCAACAACUUGUGGGAUGGAGCCAGGAAGACCCUGGCUACUCUGUGGGAUGGACAUGGAGCAAUAUGGCAUGGCUAUGAGAUACAUGGGAUGGAAAAGAUUCCUGACAAAGGACCAGCUCUGAUAGUGUAUUAUCAUGGAGCCAUCCCAGUCGACUACUACUACUUCCUGGCCAAUGUUAUCAUCCAGAAAGGACGGACCUGCCACUCUGUGGCUGACCACUUCCUCUUCAAGAUCCCAGGUUUCAAAUUGUUGUUGGAAGUGUUCAGCGUGAUUCAUGGUCCUCAAGAGGAGUGUGUGCGGGCUCUGAGGAAUGGCCACCUGUUGGGGAUUUCUCCAGGUGGAGUGCGGGAAGCUCUGUUCAGUGAUGAGACCUACCCUCUUCUUUGGGGUAAACGCAAAGGCUUUGCUCAGGUCGCCAUUGACUCUCAAGUGCCAGUAAUUCCAAUGUUUACUCAGAAUGUGCGGGAAGGCUUCAGAUCUCUGGGAACUCUCAGAUUUUUUCGCUGGGUGUAUGAGAGGUUUCGUCUCCCUGUAGCUCCUGUUUAUGGUGGAUUUCCUGUCAAAUUUCGAACCUUUCUUGGUGAUCCCAUCCCGUAUGACCCCAACAUGAAUGCUGCAGAGCUGGCAGAAAAAGUGCAGCAGGCGAUCCAGUCUCUGAUUGACAAGCACCAGAAGAUCCCUGGGAACAUCCUGAGAGCAUUGUUGGAGAGAUUCCACACCAAACAUAAAGAUCAUUUACAAUAGCAGUACAACAACAGCGACAAAUUAUCCAGUUUGCUCGGAGGGGUGUGGUAUGCGAAGAUGUCGUGGUCUAACAAGCUGGACUAUUUGCACAGCUUUAGUCACUGCUCCCCAAAAAACAGUGACUGCAGCUAAAGUUCAUUUUACAUACAUGUUUUUUUGUAUUGCAUAUUUCUAAGAUGUACACUGUGUUCCAAAUUAUUAUGCAAGAAGGAUUUCAGUUAAAUAAACAUUCGGUUUUAUGUUUUUUAAUGAAAUUUUUUGCUUGUGUUGUUUCUCCUCUCUGUUUAAAACACUGACAUCAAUUUCAGACAGGUUUGAGAAUUAAUUUGGCAGGUGAGCCUAAUUAAAGGGAAACUACUUAAGGAGGUUGUUUCACGUUAUGAAGUAAGUCAUGGGUUUCGUGCAGUAUGGGGAGAAAGAAAGACCUUUCUGCAGAUGAAAAGCGUGAAAUAUUGCUAUGCCUUGCAAAAGGUAUGAAAACACUGGAAAUUCCACAAAAACUUAAGAGAGCUCUUCGUACCUUGAAAAGGUAUGUGUUUGAUUCUGAGCGCAGAUGGGUUCAUUCAGAUAAUGGUGUAUUAGGGAAGAUUUCUGUCAAGCAAAUACAACCUAUGCAACUCUGUUGAGCAUAAUAAUUUGGAACACUGUAUAUUGAGUUAUUAAAAAAAAUACUGUUGUCUGUGAAACUGUUGAGCAUAAUAAUUUGGAACACUGUAUAUUGAGUUAUUAAAAAAAAUACUGUUGUCAUCAUCUGAAGUUUUAUUUAAUAAAAUCCUGAUUAUAAUAUGA